UUUUUUUUUUUUUUUUAAGAGGACGGUGCUAUAAUUUUCAGCCUCGUUACCUAUCGCUCGGUUUAUAUAUGGUAAUUUCACAAACAGUUACCUUCAAUUAAUUGUCGAACGAACGGAACUUUCGUCACUUCGUGAAUGUGUCGGUCGGAUUUAUAGUAUUAAUUUAAUUUAGGGAAUUGCAGAUUACGCUGCAAUAUGUCAAGCCCUUUGAAUCAUGUGAACAUAAUUGAAUUAAACUUUUUGAAAUUAUUUUUUCUAACCUCUGUUGUGUUUGUCCCAAAUAUCAGAGGUUACGACGCAGCGUCUAAUUAUAAUGACGCCUAUAAUUAUGUGAUUACGCCAGAUUUACAACAGGCAAUUAAAGCGGGACUACCUCAAAAGGCUAAAUUUUUUGAUGAACUUGAUUUGAUUCCACAAUCUUGCCGAUUUCGUGGCCAUAAAUUUGAAUGUGGACUUUCGAUAUCGUGUGUACUUGGUGGCGGCAAACCGCUAGAUCUUUGUUCUGGAGGAAUGAUAUGGUCGUGCUGUGUUGAUAAAGAGCUCAAUUCAGAAGAUACAUACAGUGGUCAAGUAAACACAACAAGUGACAUUAUCCAUUUGCACGACAUAUAUCCUGAAUUAGCGAAUCACAACAAAUAUAACAGCAAUGGUAAUCUCGUCAAUGCAGGCAUUAGUCAUGCUACGCUUAAUUCUGCUUCAACACAAAAUCAUGCUCAUAUGUACUCAUCACAAAAUACGCCUUUAGUGUCGCCACAAACGGUGUUAGAUGCUAUAAGUAAUCAUCCUUACCAAAUAACACCAUCCCAACACUCCACAAAUCGCCCUCAUACCCAUCUUAUUCCCUACAAACCAAAUAAUUAUCGCCCCGCAUCUUAUGUGAAUGAUUGGGAGCAUGAAACAAAUCAAUUGGGAAUCGGUACCGUUUCCAAUAAUGGCAUAACAAGUCAAGUCGACACUUUCGUAGAUACUGACCGACCCAAUCAUGUGGCCAAUGAUAAUCCUGCCAUAUUGUUGCCACAUCCACAACCUUUUGCAACUGGAAAUGUUCUCGAUUUAAAUGCUGGUGAAGCUGCAGAAGAUUACAAUAAUGGCGGACUAUACAAAGAUGGAAUCUACCGUCCUGUUCCGGGUUGCGGCGAGGUGUUUACACGUUCUAAUCGAAUUGUAGGAGGACAUUCCACUGGGUUUGGCUCACAUCCUUGGCAAGUAGCCCUAAUAAAAAGUGGGUUCCUAUCCCGUAAGCUCAGUUGUGGAGGCGCUUUGAUAUCUAAUCGAUGGGUAGUGACAGCAGCGCAUUGUGUAGCGACCACAACUAAUUCAAAUAUGAAAAUACGCCUUGGUGAAUGGGAUGUUCGCGGUCAAGAGGAACGCCUUAAUCAUGAAGAGUACGGAAUUGAGCGAAAAGAAGUUCAUCCCAACUACAAUCCUGCUGAUUUCAAAAAUGAUUUGGCACUAAUACGAUUAGAUCGAUCUGUGGUUUAUAAACAACACAUAAUACCGGUUUGCUUACCGCCCGCAGCUACAAAGCUGGUUGGUAAAAUGGCUACUGUUGCAGGCUGGGGACGUACAAGACACGGGCAAAGCACAGUACCAUCAGUUCUUCAGGAAGUUGAUGUGGAGGUGCUCUCUAAUGAUCGUUGUCAGCGAUGGUUUCGUGCUGCUGGACGCAGAGAAGCAAUACAUGAUGUGUUUUUAUGCGCAGGCUAUAAAGAAGGAGGUCGCGACUCAUGCCAAGGUGACUCGGGUGGACCGCUUACUCUAACACUGGAUGGAAGAAAAACUCUUAUAGGCCUUGUGUCCUGGGGAAUUGGUUGUGGCCGUGAACAUCUUCCUGGUGUUUACACUAACAUACAAAAAUUUGUUCCAUGGAUAAACAAAGUUAUGUCAAAUGACAGCUUUUGAUGUUUAUCCCUUCUCGUAUGUUGCAUCCACAAACGUGCAAUGUACAAGAAUUUGUAUUCGACCCAAAUGCAUCCAAGUUGAAAAUAGGUUAAUGAGACUUUGGAUCUCGAACUUUUAACCAAUGAAGUGCAGUGAAAGUGCAAAUAUUAUUGUAUUUGAA